ACGAUGGAAGGUGCGGGUGCUUAUGGCGGUGGAAAAGCAGGAGCUGCAUUUGAUCCAAUUUCAUUUGUUCAAAGGCCUCAAGUUAUUUUACGUGCUGUUAAUUGGCUAUUUGCCGUUAUUGUAUUCGGAUGUAUAUCAUCGGAGGGAUGGAUCACCGAUCCAGAGACGAAAAAAGAAGUUUGUAUACUGAAUAAAGAUUCCAGUGCCUGUAAUUAUGGUGUAGGAGUUAGUGUAAUCGCAUUUUUAGCUAGUAUGGGUUUUCUAGCUGGUGAAUAUUUCUUUGAACAAAUGUCCUCGGUGAAAACGCGAAAACAUUAUGUGCUUGGUGAUUUAGGAUUUUCUGCAUUUUGGGCGUUCUUGUACUUCGUUGGAUUUUGUUAUUUAUCACGACAAUGGAGUAAAGCCGAUACGCCACCAAUGAAUUAUGGUGUUAGUAACAUGAAUGCAUCAAUUGUUUUCUCAUUUUUUGCGAUAUUUACAUGGGGUGCUAGUGCAUAUUUGGCAUAUUUAAGAUUCAAACAAGGUGCAGAUGCUGCAUUUACUGCUGGUUUUCAAGAUAACGUUGGUGGGCAACCUUAUGAUACAAAUACCUUCGAUCAAAAUUAUCAAGAACCACCAUUUUCUCAGAGACAGAUGGCAGAGCCUAAUAUUUAUCAAGAACCUACUUACUAAGUCCGUAAGUAUCGUAAUACCAUUAAAAAAUAUACAAUUUAUUUUCUAAACACAAUGAAAUGAUGGCACUUAGAAAUUUUAUUUUAAUACUAAACCUAAUCCCAAAAAAAAAAAAAAUCCGAAAGACUUAAAACAUGUAAUAUUUUUCAUCUAGUCAUUAUCAAAAACAUUUACAUUUG